UCCAUUUUGUCCGGUAAACGUGCACAUGCGCUGAAUUGCACACGGAUAUUGGGAAAUCUAACUGUGGCAGCAUUCACGGGCAAGUAGGGUGGAGAUUCAGCCAAAUUUAAUCGGAACAUUUAGCCCAAUUUUCGUCCCUUUCGACAGGUGGACAUUGACUGGUAAGCCUGGGAAGAUGUCGUGGGAUUCGUACCUCGAUAACCUGAUCGCCCAGAGCAAAGAUUCAGGCGGCAACGCUCAUGUCGACAAGUGUGCGAUCAUCGGCAUCGAUGGCGGCGCCAAGUGGACGACCGACGGCCACGCGAAUGCGCUCAAGCUGACCCCGGACGAGGCGGCCAACAUCGCCCGAGCCUUCAAGGCCAAAGAUUUCACGACGUUCAUGGCUGGCGGCGUUAGGGCUGAGGGUGUCAAGUUUCAGUUCCUGCGGGAGGAGGAUAAAAAAUGUGUGUACGCUAAGAAAAAGGGUGACGGGGCUCUCUCCAUCCAAUCUUCAAAGACGGCCUUGGUCCUGGCGCAUUGCCCGGAAGGGGGCCAGCAAGGAAACACCAACAAAGCUGUAGGCGUCAUCGCAGAAUACUUGGAGAGUUUGGGCAUGUAACCCCGCUUCUCCCCACUCCUCUCUUUUUGGCAUUUUGUAACGAGUAACUUUCGUCCCAGCCGGGUUUUAAAAACAAGUUUCAGAAACUUGCUUCUGAAUCAGAUGGAAUGCCCCGCCCCAUCCCCCCCUUCAACUGGAACUUUGCCAUUUACUGCAGUCAAAUCACUACGUACGCCCCUUCCUCAGUGCUCCAGAAAAACAAAAUGCUUUAAAAAAAUGACACGUGGUUGGAGAUGCUGUUGCUUGUAACUUCAUGCAUUAUUCAUUUUGUGCAGUCAGCCCCCGAACGAACAUGCUCUAAUUUUGGAUAACAGAGACUUCACCUCAUGAAAAAGACAAACGACGGUUUCGGACUUGCUUUAUGCGUCUAUGGUUUUGGGGGUUGGAUCAUGGCAAAGCAUACAGACCAGUCCAACUGGGUCAUUCUGGUCUUCCGAUGAAUCCAUGGUGUUAAUUUGAACUCCUUGCGAAAGUUCCAUUGCUGUCUGUCGUGAACCAAUUCAGUGCUCCCCCCGAAAAGUGCUAGACAUGCUUGACUGCAGCUAUACCAAAUUCCGAAAUUCACACAUGCUAGCCCAGAACCGCCACUGCAUGCUUUGCCAGGGAAUGGACCGAAACGAGCGCAAGUCGUCCCGCCUGUGAUGACGCAUCUUCCACUUGCUGCCUAAGUGUGGACUGGACAGGUUUUCUUACAAAUUUGGCAUGCAGGGCCAGUUGUCAAGCCCCUCAGUUGCACCCCCCUUAGAAACAUCUACAGUGCACCCCUCGCUCAAGCCACAGCCCUCCAUUUCGCCGGGGCUGUGGCAAGCCAGAAGCCAUUUAUUCCGCUGCCUAAGCGGUCCGUGGCUCAAAGGAGGAAACUGCCUGGAGGAACUAUCGUGGGCAGCCAUCCGCUGCUGCUGCUGCUGGGACUUGUUGCGGUCGGUGAAAAGGAAAGAAAAGACUGCCUGACCCGGUUUUCUGAGAACCAGGAACUUUGGGCCUCGUGUGUAUUGCAACAUGGCCUGACCAAAAGUGCUGGAAAGAAUGCAUGCCAGUCGUUUACAAAAGACAACAAAUUCAGAACUGCCUGCUGCUUGUUUUUGGUUCCUAAAGCUGUUCUGCUGGGGACACCCACUUCAAAAAUCAAGUUCCUUGUCAGGUCCAUUUCGGGACUGCAGAAGAUAUUGUACUUACUCGCUCAAGCUUUGUGCUAACCCUAUCAGGCAUGGAUAUGUUCACCCCACCCCUCAACAAUGGACUCUGGACCCCACCGUCUAUCCGAACAGCAAACACAGCCAAACUCCUCCCUGGGCAACAGGAGCCAUCCCUUCUGUUUCUGUGUCACCAAACUUUGGAUCACCCCCAAUGAUGUUGACUGUGUACACUCUACACACACACACGUCACAACCAGCAACCACGCAGAUGUUCCCAUUUCUGCCUACCAGAGGGCACACAAAGCACCAGCAAAAGAUGAGAGAACAUCCCAAGAGACGGCUACGAAUGGGCACGGACUACACCAGUGACCGGGUUGGACACCUUUGGAAUGGGAACUGGACACCAGCAGUCGACGAAAAGGUCACUUGAUGCAUGCCAGGGGGGCAUUCUGACUGUUUGGAAUUCCCGGUAUCAUCCAGUUGGACUGAUGAUUGUAAUUGGUCACAACAAAGGGCCAUUUGCAUAAUUAGGCCUGAGAUCCUCUGUAAGUCGCAUGCACGCUGUGUGAGUCACAUGCACACUCCACACAACUUUCAAGAAUACCGAUUGCCAUUACUGUAGCGCUACUGUGCAUUACUUUAAAACUUGAGCCCUCAUUGCAAUUCAGUGAUCGAUACCCUUAACUAACGGUGAAUUGUACGCACUGGAAAUCAAAAAAUAAGUUGCCAUUGCGCAGUUUUGAAUACAUUCGGCUGUGCCUAAAUUACAAUGCGCUGGGAUGGAUCACCACUUCAUGACAAAUCUCUUGGUGGCGCACUGCAUUGUGAAUCGCUUGUGUUCAAAAUUCAGCCCUUUUGUGUUUCUUUUGCAGUUCAAAGUCCCAGCUUCAAACCAAAUUCCAUCUAGCCCCAAAAGGUAACAACACUUCAGAACGAUGUGGCCGCUGGCCAACUUAUCCAUUCCACAGAAAUGAAGACGACUCGAAAUUAAAUUUGUGAGUGUGCAUGCGGCCAUAGCCCUGUCUGUGGCAUGCAGAGGUACAGUGUAACAGCACUGUCAUUGUGAAGUCUGCCAUCACAGUACACUCUGAAUUUAGGAGCCGGUUCAGCUAGAAGGAAAUAAAGAAUAUUUUCAACUGUUUACUGUAGGUCGGGCCACUCCCGCAUAAGCUGCACCAGGAAAUGGAGGGCCACACAUGUAAUCUCAUGCAAAUGGUACAUCCGGGUUCCAGUAUCAAGCAACCGGUGAGCAGGAAAAGGAAAAAACAGAACAAAAAAGUCGAAUGGAAUGUACUUCCAUGACCUUGCCAAGUUUUGUCAUGACCUAACCCUCAGUAGGAUUUCAGUUGAGGGACAAUUCAAAAGUGGUAGGCAAUUAUUUCUGUUGUCAGCAUUUCGUUGCUUCACAUCGGCCAUCUACAAAUUUGGUACUUUUGUUUUUACCAGUUACUACAUCAAGGUGAAACUCACUGCUGGCCAACCGGAAAAAUACUGUUCACUGUUUCAUUUUUCAAAUCCCAAAGCAUUUUUUCAAUCUAUUUAGGUAGGAGUAACCUUCAGUUUGUUAGCUAUGAAAGAAAAGCAAGACCCAUUGAAAAAGGGGUCACUAACCAAAAAAACUAAAGCCAUCUCUCAACAGCCAGCACCUAUUAAAUGAAUUUCCUGAUUGGAAAACAAACAAGUCAAUGCAGGAAAAAUGUCGCCGCAGCAAAUUGCAACCUGUAUUGCCACAAUCGGCCAUUGCUUUUUGCUUAGUUACAGGUUAAAGCCAAUGGACUUUGAAACCCAUUGGAACACCACUGUGACUCAAAAUCAUCGCUUUUGCCUAUUCGCCGUCACCGUAAAGUAAAUGAAGACCAAACUUUUUCCAUGUACUUAGGGAGGGACUGCAUCACACAUGCAGGGGCACCCAUAUUAUUGUAACAACCAGUCAAGUGUUAGAAUUUGCAGCAUUUAUUUUAUCCGAAUCAUGACUUAAAAUGUAAACUAAAAAAAAUUAAUCAACUUAGGGCCAAGAAUAGGGGGAAAUUUGUGUAUCAUGUCUAGGUUGUCUGAAAAAUAGACCUGUGCUUGAAUGCACACAUGUACUUGUCCAGGAAUUUUAGAAUUUAACAAUUGUCAUCAGGCAUGCAUGACUGGAGGCGGAUAUUAAUUGUUUUGUUCUUUAAAAAUGAAAAUAAAAAAACCAGGAAGAUUCAGUUCUAAUCGAAAUGACACCACCCCAGAGAGAGAGAGAGAAAUAGAAAACUAAUGAAUGAGCUCAGUGUGACAUGAUAAAAUAAACACAUAGUAUUUACUCAGGCCUACGUGCCUACAGGAUGUGGCCUGAUUUUACGCAGUCUGCAUAGUCUGCAUAGAUCUUGUUGGAACUAGUACUGAAUAAACGAGACAUUUAUGGAAAUGAACUACAUCAAAUUGUGCAAGAAACAAAUUGUGGAGAAAUGUGUUGAUCUUUUUGAAAAACGAAAAAAUUAUUUAUCAGUCAUGUCUGGGAAAGAGAACAGAAUAGUCUGCAGACGAGAAAAAGACUUGGAGAAAAGAAAAACUAAAUGGCUUGUGAAACCAUAAUUCCACUUUCCUUAGUCAGACCACAGCAUGGUGCUUCCAUAAUAGGGCCAGGUUAUUUGCCGUGGUGUGUGCGGUCAUGCGUGGGUGUUUUGGAGUUGGUCCCUUAACAACACACACAAUCUUGCACUCCAUGCACAUGUACGUGGCCACAGUAUUCAUAUGUACAUGUACAUGCACUGUGUACGUGCACCAUACUCGGUCUCACAUUACAUUUGUCUUUGAACAAGGUCCUUUGGAACACUGUGGAAUUGACAAAUUACCCUGUUGUAUCAGAAACCCUGUGUUAUCAGUCAUGCAUAACAAAGCGAAACAAAGAUCUGAGAUCUUACAUUUUCCUCUGUCUAUGGAGUUAUGUUGUCUGAACAAACUUUGCAUAUGCAUGCACUGAAUGCCAAAGUACAGUGCAUGUGUAUGUACAGUACAUGGUUCAUGGCUAGGCCGUGUGUUCACCAUACUCCUGGUCAGAGGUAUGUCUACUAUUUCUGGACAUUCCACUGUGUGUUAUUUUUUUUCUUUUCGCUUGGUUCCAGUGCUGUAAUGGGAUGAUCUUAGCCACAAGGCAGUGCUGGACCGCAUUGGUUUAACUCAGGACUUCUCCAAAACUAAUUAUCACUUGCUGUUUAAAAAAAAAGCCAGUUACAUGUUUCUCAUUUUAAGCAUGUCCAAGUGAAUUAUCCAUUCCACUGAAAGUUACUCUGUCACCGACCUUUUAUCCAUGUGAGAAUCAAGUUUUGCUCCAAGUGCAAAAGAAGAGCAGAUUUUAAUUGAUGCCAUAACUACGCGUGCACAAUUUGACAAUAUUUACUAGUAAUUUAAAUCAUACCUGACUGAUCAUGUUAAAUGCAAAGGCUGAUAUGGUAAUGCUUGAAUUUCAUUAAUGGCAGCACUUGAUAAUGAAAGCAACCUUGCUUAAAGUUCUGGGCUACACGUGUAUAGGCUUCAUGCUAUCGAGGGAAAUAUUGUUUCAUCGUUGACAGUAGCAGUUACAAGUACAAUUGUACAUUCAAAUUGUGUCCCAAAGGCUUGUUGGCUGUGCUAAAUGCACACUGCAGAUGUGUAAAGAGAAACAAUUUCUGCAGGAACAUCUUGCAGAAUUUUUGCUAAUCAAUAAAUAAUUUUCUGCCCUGUGAAUUUAGUAGUAACAGGCCUGCCAUCAAUUACUCAAGAAACAAUUAUGAAGAGAAUGGAGUGGACUUUGAAAAGAGGUGUUUCAUGUAGUUUUUACGUUAAUAGUUUUGUAAUAUUUGACAGCUUUAUUUUUUUUCUCUCUCAUCCAAUGUAUUAAAUGAUUUACCGAGCUAAUUUUAAUUCAGAUUACUAGCUAAUCCUUAAUCUAAAUCAUGUUGUAACUGAGAAAGAUGAAAAGUAACGAAUUUAAUGUUUAUGUAGUCUUAUGCAAGUGUCAAGUUGGAUCUUGGGGUGGACUGGGACAAGUUUACUUCCGAGGCAUUAUAAAUUACAGUAUACCUACACCAUGUACACAGCACUAGUCCAAGGAUGGUGCCAUUUGUGUAAACCAAAUUGGGCCAGGUAAGGUUAGUAGUGGAAGUCUUCAGUGGGCACUUAGGAAUUGCAUAAAAACUGGCUAGAAAGAAUUGUA